AUGAUUAAUGGUAUUCAUAUUCAAAUAUAUAAUAAUAUUGCUGAAAUAUCUCAAUCAAUAUCACCCUAUGAUUUACCUAUAAUAUUUUCUCAACAAGAAUGGUAUAAUAUUCGAUCAGAUUCAAUUCGACUUGUUAAUAAAUGUGUUAACGUACGUGCACAAAUAAUUUCAUUUAAUCGUACAUCAUUAAAUAGUCAAAAACUUAUGAUUAAGCGUAAUGUUGAUAAUGAUACGUAUACAGAAGGAAUAAUGAUUGAUGAAACACGAAAUUUAAUACAUGAUUUAAUUGAUAAUACAUUUUAUACACUAACUAAUGAUCGUAUACGAUAUUUAUCUAUUCCACCUGUCGGUAAAUAUUUAGUUGAUUUUGUAUUAGAAACAUGUACUAAUGAACAACUUUAUAUACGUUAUUUACAAAAUAAUAUUAAAUGGAAAGUACGUUAUGAUCUUCUAUUAGAAAGUAAUAAUACUGAUUCUAUUUUACAAGCAUAUGCUGUUAUUCAAAAUGAUGGAAGUUCAUCAUUAAUGAUUAAUUCUGCAGAAUUAAUUAGUGGAGAUGUUAAUAUUCAAUCAUCAUCAUCAAACAAUGGUGAUAGUGGUGAAGAAACGGCUUCUCUUGCCAAUGUUGACAAUGGAUUUGUUCAAUCAGAAGUGGUAAUAGUACAAAAUAAUGGUAACGGUGAUAGUUCUCCAACUAUUUCUGAUGCCGAAGAAUUAAUUGGGGUAUACAUAUUUUCAAUAAAUGAAACAUUUACUCUUGAUCCUCGAUCGAAUUACAUUCUUCCAAUGUUUCGUCCAAUAAUUGAUAUUGAACGAUAUGGUUCAAUAGAGAAAUAUUUUUCUUCGAUGGAUAAUCGUGGUAAUGCUCAACGUGCAUAUCGUCUUCGUGUAGAAGAAAAAUUUUUGCCACGAGGUCAAGUAUUUAUACGUGAAUCAGAUCGAUUAGUUGGUGAAACUUAUUGGCCUGAUCUUGCUUCUAAUGAAACAAAUGAAUUUAAUCUUGGUCAAGAUCCAGAUUUACGAUAUAUUGAAUAUGUAAAAUUAAAUUCACGUCGAAAAGUUAAUCAACCAAAUGGCAAUCGUUUUGUUUUAUCAACAUAUACAAUUAAUUUAAGUUUAAUUAAUAAUAAACAACGUUCUAUAAAUAUUGAAUAUCGAUUAAGAUUUACUUCACAAACUUAUUUAAGAUUAAAAGAAAAUACAACAAAUAAUUUACUUCAACUUGAUGGUUCAUCUAUUAUUGGAACAUUUCAAUUAAAUUCAAAUGAUGAACAACAAUUUACAUUUAUAUUUGAAACUGAAUAA